UCCGAACGCGUUUCGUUCUUCUACACCUAAUCGAUGAAGGAAAAGAAAAUAAAUAAAAAAUAAAUCAGAAGCAGUUGAGAGAGCGCCUGAGAAACCCUUCGGAGUCCCAAAAUUUCUCUCGGCUUCCGCUGCAGAUCUCGUCCAAAACCAUGACAACCUCAAGGCGUCUUGCAGAUCGGAAGGUGGAGAGGUUUGAGAAGAACAUCAAGAAGAGGGGUGCAGUGCCUGAGACGACAACAAAGAAAGGAAAUUCUUACCCAGUUGGGCCUCUUGUGCUUGGGUUCUUCAUGUUUGUUGUCAUUGGAUCAUCUUUGUUUCAGAUAAUCCGAACUGCCACAAGUGGAGGAAUGGCUUAAAUUAUUAUGUGCCCUUCAGUAGUAGUGAGCUUGGGCAGCAGCAGGCUUGCGAUGGUCUCCUCUGUUGUAUUUGUUAUUUUUAAUUGUUACUUUUGUGCACUGUUAGUCUGAACUGAAAAUCCCCUUGUGUAACAAAGCAUUGGACUAGGGUAUUUUUUGUGACUAGAAGAGCCUAAAUAAUUUUAAAGAUGAACCGAGUCUUCUCUGCAAUUUUGCAGUUCUUAUGA